AUGCUGGGAAGGAGGCGGCAGGUGAGCUGCUUUGGCCUGAGAAGAAGAAGGUCUGGCACUGCACGUCCACCUGACCUGCGCCGCGAAGAGUGCAGAGCUCCCAGUACCACCGUGAACAGCGCAGAUUUCUGCGCGACUUGCAGGCAACUGGAUGCUGAAGGCACCAACGAUCUCCUCGACACGGUUCUGGAGCAAUACACUGCUUGGCAAGGUGGGCGUGCACAAGGCCAAGAGAGCCAGAAGCCGCAGAAGGGCCCAGGCAAAUCUGGAGAUGGCCAUAAGGGUUUUGGCAAAUUCAACGGAAAUGCGAGGCGGGGGCACUUUGCUGCUCGCAGCUGGAAUCAGAAAGGAAGCUAUGCCCACUAUCCGGAUGAGCCAGCAAACAAAAGAUCCAGGGCACACUGA